GAAUCUUGUUCGCUUCACAUUUUGCUCCUCUUCGAUCAUUUCGUGGAAACCACAGCGGAAGCAAUCGACAAUGGCACCCAGAGACCAAGCAAUGUUCGAAGGAAAUCGCACAGAGAUGCGUACCCGACAGGUCCAAACCACAGACCUGGAGGAUGGCAACAUCAGGUCACCAAUCAAUAAGCCGGAGACACCAACUUCGGAUAUCACCGAGACCAGCACAAGCAGCAUCGCUGAAAUCAAGGAGAAGGCACCCGUGGUUUCCAGCAUGGGAUUGAAGGUGUUGUGUCUGCUGGCUGUCCAAAACUGUUCCAAGAACUUGUUGGUUCGCUAUGUGAUGAAAGACCAGCCCAAAUUCUUAACAUCGGCAGCUGUGAUUGGCUCUGAAUUAGUCAAGUUGGCUCUGAGCACCCUGUACAUUUUGCUUGUGGAAAAGCGAGACUUCCAGACUAUCAUCGAUUUCCUGCGAAAGGACUGGCGGACCUCCAUGCUUGUUAUUGUCCCAGCGUCAGCUUACAAUUUGCAAAUGACUUUGGAAUAUGUGGCCAUGGCGAAUCUGGAUGCUGCGAUGUUCAGUGUUCUGGUUCAGAGCAAGCUCGUCUUUACGGCAAGUUUUGCAGCACUGGUGUUGGGGAAGAAACUCAAGCGAAUUCAAGGCAUCUCCUUGGCUCUGUUGACUUCUGGCGUCAUGUUGUGCAAUUUGUCCAGAAUGAAUAACAGCAGUGAUAAAGAUGAAGAUGGGUUUUUCAUGGAUUCCACAAUGGUCAAAGGAGUGACAGCAACACUUGGUAUUGCCAUGAGUUCUGGGUUCGCUUCCGUUUACACCGAGAAAGUGAUCAAACAACACAAGAAAAGUUUGUCAGAAAACGUGGCGCCGCCGUCCUUGGCAUACACUCAGAUUCAGUUGGCAGUCAUGUCACUCCUUGCUAUUGGAGUCUAUGCCUUGGUGAUGGACUUUACACCCAUUGUCGAGUACGGCUUGUUUCACAACUUUAGUACAGGUGCAUGUUGUACUGUCCUCAUGUCCGCUCUGGGAGGUUUAACUGUCGCAGCAGUUUUGAAGUUUGCUGAUUCCAUUCUCAAGGGAUACGCAACCGCCCUUUCCGUCAUAUUGACUGGUGUAAUCUCUGUAUUCUUCUUUGGAACGGAACUGAACGCAAUCUACUACAUGGGUGUCAUCAACGUGGUCAUUGCCGUGUUGUUGUACAAUGGGCAAGAUAUGGAUCAAAUGUUGUGUUAGAAGUUAGAAGGGCACAAUCAAUACCGCACAAAGAGGCGUGUGACUAUGCGACAUAGCAAGAUACCGGUAUGGUACUCUCUGCUAUGAUCGUAUGAUACUAUCCUAUGCCGGUAUGCAACCUCUGCACACCCGUAGGUCUGAGGAUACCGGUACAGUGGAAGCCCGAUGUUUGUUUCAAAGAGGAAGGGGUGGAAAAAGAUGGCAGCUUUCAAGGCAACAUCACCCCGAGGCUCUAUAAUUAACUACUAUGUUUUAAUUUUUGUAGACACACAGUACUUUUCCAAACU